AUAACUAUAUUUAAGCUUACACAUUGAGAGAAUUUGAUGAAUCAAAAUGCUUAGAUAAACAAUUUUAAAAGUUAAAAUUGGACAAAUACUCUGGAACGGAAGAACUAAUUUUAAAUCUCUUCAAACAAAUUUUAAAAAAUAAAAUUAAUUUGAGAUUUCAAAACAUCUAUAAUUAUCCUUAGAUUUCAUACCAUGAGUAUUUUUUUUAUACCAGAAAAUAUCAGCAGGACUGGAGGAGCAACCAACCAGCUGCGUCUCAGCUAGUCAGCUUAAGAAAUGUUGCCGAUUGGUGGUGGUGUUGGGAAGCUGGUGACGGCGAUUGCGGCAGCGGCCCUGCUACGGAUCUUCUCCGGCCCUGGGCCGGCGCUAUUGCCGGAAAAUGAGGCCGAAGACGAGGGGAAUGGGGAUGCUCCUCACCAGGGGAAAGUGUCUCCGGUAACUAUCAGGUGGACUGACAUUACUUGCGCUCUCUCCGACAAUUCAUCCGUGCGGUUUUUGCUUCGGAGUGUCUGUGGAGAGGCCAGGCCUGGGAGGUUGCUAGCAAUAAUGGGCCCUUCGGGCUCUGGAAAGACAACUUUGCUCAAUGCAUUAGCAGGUCAGAUUAAAGUUUCACCGAAACUGCAUUUGUCUGGCCUUUUGGAGGUUAACGGACAGCCAUUUUCCAACAAACCCUUCAAACUAGCUUACAUUAGACAGGAGGACCUUUUGUUCUCACAGUUAACAGUUAAAGAAACACUCUCUCUUGCAGCUGAACUUCAGUUGCAUGACAUAUCUUCUGUGGAAGAGAGAGACGAAUACGUAAACAAUCUCUUGUUCAAACUAGGAUUGUCUGGCUGUGCUGAUACCCGUGUUGGUGAUGCAAAAGUUCGUGGAAUAAGUGGUGGUGAAAAGAAACGACUGUCCCUUGCAUGUGAGCUAAUUGCCAGCCCAUCUGUCAUUUUUGCAGAUGAGCCGACUACUGGACUUGAUGCUUUUCAAGCAAAGAAAGUUAUGGAGACUCUACAUCAGCUUGCAGAGGAUGGCCAUACGGUGGUAUGCUCCAUACAUCAGCCUAGAGGGUCUGUGUAUGAAAAAUUUGACGACAUUGUGUUGCUGUCAGAAGGUUCACUUGUUUAUGCUGGCCCUGCUGGCGAGGAGCCAUUGAAAUACUUUGCAAAAUUUGGGUAUAUUUGCCCAGAUCAUGUAAAUCCCGCCGAGUUUUUGGCUGAUCUAAUUUCAAUAGACUAUGGAACUGCUGAGAGUGUCUCCGCUUCCCGGAAGAGAAUAGAUGAACUUGUGGAGUCAUUCUCACAAAAAAUAGCAACAAUUACUACUUUGAAUGCAACUCCAGGUUUUAAGGAUGACUUAAAGAAACACGUGAACUCAAAGAAGAAAAGUGUCAUCAAAAGGAAAGGUGGUUGGUGGAGGCAGUUCUUUUUGCUCUUUAAACGUGCAUGGAUGCAGGCAUCUCGUGAUGGUCCAACAAACCAAGUUCGGGCAAGGAUGUCUAUUGCGUCAGCUCUGAUAUUCGGCUCUGUCUUCUGGAAGAUGGGAAGAUCACAAACAUCUAUACAAGAUAGAUUGGGAUUGCUUCAGGUAGCUGCCAUAAACACUGCAAUGGCUGCACUCACAAAAACUGUUGGAGUCUUUCCAAAGGAACGUGCAAUUGUAGAGCGUGAGCGAGCCAAAGGGUCUUAUGCGUUAGGACCAUAUCUUCUUUCUAAGUUGAUAGCCGAGGUUCCAAUUGGAGCAGCAUUCCCCUUACUUUUUGGUAGCAUUAUGUACCCCAUGACACGACUUCAUCCUACUCUGUCUAGAUUCGGUAAAUUUUGUGGUAUUGUGACUAUGGAGUCAUUCGCUGCUUCGGCAAUGGGCCUGACUGUGGGUGCUAUGGUUCCAACUACUGAAGCUGCUAUGGCAUUAGGGCCUUCUCUUAUGACUGUUUUUAUUGUGUUUGGAGGCUAUUAUGUGAAUUCGGAAAACACACCAUUUAUCUUUCGCUGGAUUCCCCGUGUUUCCCUGAUAAGAUGGGCAUUCCAAGGGCUUUGCAUCAAUGAAUUUAGUGGUCUCCAGUUUGAGCAUCAAAAUUCAUUUGACAUUCAAUGUGGUGAACAACAACUAGAGAGGCUAUCCUUUAGGGGCAGUCGAAUCAGAGAUACCGUAAUGGCUCAAGGUAGAAUCCUUCUAUUCUGGUACUACACCACCUACCUGCUCCUGGCAAAAAACAAGCCGAAAUACCAGCGGCUUGAGCCACCACCCUCAGAUCAAAGCCAAUCCCAGCCUAAAAUUCUGCUUCUCAAGAGUGGUCCAGUGGAACAAAAACAACUCGAAGCUCCUUCCCUAGACAAAGGUGAUAAUCAGGAUGGAAAUGUGGAGUAAAAACAUGUCUCAUUGUGAGGUAAUGAGCUCUAUAUCCUAAUAUAACAGGGCAAAAAAAAAAAAAAUUCCCAAUCAGAGCUAGGAACCUCAUGCAGAUUUGAGACAUGAGUUGAAGAUGUGUUCUUUUCUUCAUUAGAUGUUCUUGAUGUUAGGCCAUAUAAUUUACUAGUUAGCUACUGUGAACAAGAUGACCACCACUUUGUAACAAGUAUGAAUGCUUUUUAGGCUGUUGUCUAAACCCGUUUUUCGUUUCGUUG